CCGCCGCCCAACUUGCGCACGACACACUUUCAGCAGCUUCGCCGUAUUGAAAUCCUACCGAAGCCUUCAUCUCUGCCCGACAAAAGAGCGUCCCCAAUCUGCUACGCCCUGACUACCACGCUACUGCCUCAGCCAUGCACAUUCUGCGGGAAUUAUCGACUUCCACCAUCCUCUGCACUAAAUGCGCGAACACCAUUGACGUGACUAUCGGGGCACCAGAACUGAUCUUGCGCGCUCGCUCUGGCUACACUCCGUUUACCAGAAACGAGACCUCGGCUCUCCGUGCCGGCCUGGCUCGGGUAUACGGAGACCUGCGCCAGUGCGAGUUGGAGAUCGCGCGGCUGGAAGUAACUCUACACACGCUUCGCGAGUCACAAAAGGCCCUCGAAUUGACGGCAGACUGCAUUAACGCCCUUCUCUCGCCUAUACGCAGGCUUCCGCCAGAGCUGCUGGCAGAGAUCGCGCCGUACACCCUGCCCUCGAGGUGGUUUACGGACCACAUCGGCAAACAUCCGUGGUACUUCUCGCAGGUCUGCCGCAGCUGGAGGUCCGUGGCUAUCGCCACGGGAUGGGCUUGGGCACAGAUCCGCUUUCCGCAGUGGCUACGUGUGCGGAUUGUCAACAGGGCCGAUCUACUCUCGCAUAUUGUCGGGCUCUACUUGCAACGAGCCGCGGCUACGGGCAGCCCCAUUAAGAUCCGUGGCCUCAGGAAAGCGCAUGUGGAAGACGAGAGGACUCGGGCCUGCCUGAUGGCUUACGCAGAUUGUAUACACACCCUCGAGGUGAAAACCAAAUACGAUCUACUUCCCUUCACAUGCCAUUUGACAGCGCUGCAGCGACUUAUUGUUCACAACGAGCUCUUUGACAAUGUGGAUGCUCCUAACGUCCGCAUCGUCGACCUCUACGAGGCCAGUCCAUCUACCAUUGAGCUCCCAUGGGCAAAUCUGCGCGCCUUCAAGAUGCACGGAUGCAUCAGCGGCCCGGACCUCACGGUCCUACGUUCAUGCACAGCGCUGGAAGUACUCAGCCUUACCGACGACACUUUGGGGCUAGAGUUCCAUUCUGACCCCCUCGUAUUCCCUGCACUACACACCCUCGAGAUCGGCAGCGCGGCCAUCGAAGUGUGCCCCCACCUCGUCGCACCCGCGCUCCACCACUUCAUCCUGAACAUGGGGUCCGAUGACAACUACACCUGGCACGUCGAAUUGCAACGAUCCCCGUUGCAGAUGCUAGCAAACCUCCUCCCGCCAGUCACCUCGCUGACCUUGCGCAAUAUGGACACUUACGAUUUCGAGAACAUACCCGUGCGCGAGCUGCUAGCGCUGCCGCGCAAGCUGCAGAAGGUGUCCGCCGUCAUAGAGACCGAUUACGCCCUCCAGUCCGGCACGCUGACGAUGUACCGCGAUUUGGUGACGGUGCUGGGUUGGGACGAGGCCCAUCCGACGCUUCCGCAUCUCACGGAGAUAGACCUCGUCAGUGGAACACGAGAUAUACCAUGGUCGGAUGAUGAUGUCGCUCUCGUGCGACGGUUGUUGGUGUCGCGCGCAGCCGGCGCGGCGACUGGCGGAUGCGCGCGGCUCGAGCGACUUAACAUACGGACCCCAUUCGCGCCGUUCCCAGUUGGGCCUCUGGCGGAAUCAUGGGCGGAUGCGCGGGGCACCGACGGACAGCGUGUCAUGGCGAUAGAUAGGCACUGCCAGGGUGAACCUGUUGAGGCUUUCGACAUAGAGACAGCGCUACGAUAGUCUAAACCUGAUACAGGGAGAGGAGCUGUCGUCCCCGAUGCUGAUGUACGCGCUUCGCAGAGAGCCAUAAUGAUUGUAAACACCGGCGAGAGAUAGCUACAAUUUGAUCGCAGGUUGGGUUGUCCUUGGCCACCUCGUCGACACUUGGCGAUUUGACUGCGUCCUCAGCCUUCUCACUUGCUUUGUCCAUUCGAACCGCGUUCAAAUCGAGCU